AUUAUUUUGUUAAUGUUAUUAUUGUUUUGUUAUAUUAUUAUUUGAGUGGUGGUUGCUUGUGAUUGGUUAUUAUUACUGUGAAGAUGUUUCUGACUGGCAGUACAAAGUUAGGGCGGCAAAAUGAAACUCUAAGUUUAAAAGUCUAACCACAAAAUGCUGCAGUUCCUGUUGGCAUCAUGGUCUUGUGAUUACUUGUAUUUUUAAGGAACUCAAGUUGGGGGGUUUGGAGAAGACGGUAACAACAAAAAGAGUGCAGAAAGUUAGAUUUGUUCGUCUUUCAAACUCAAUACAAUGAACAUGACAUUUGUAAAACUUGCUGUUAUUCAUAUAUCAGUUCUUUACAUUUUUCUUCCUGUUGGAAAUACUUGUGGUCCAACUGAAUUCAGAUCUAGUCAAGGUGAAUGUUGUCCUAAGUGCAAUAUAGGGUCAGUUGUUUAUCGUGACUGCAGUGGGGAUUUAAGCACCACCUGCAUACCAUGCUCCCCAGGAACAUUCAUGAAUGAACCCAAUGGCCUUUAUAAAUGCUUUAAGUGCAGAAAAUGUAAUGAAAGUCAAGGCCUUUACAUUCAGAGUCAAUGCAAUACAAUAAAAGACACCGUCUGUGAUGUGCUGGAGGGAUAUCACUGUACUGAUUAUUCAAAUGGACAGUGCCUACUUGCUCAAAAGCACAGCGUAUGCAAACCAGGACAAGAAACUAAAGCACCAGGCACAAAAUUCUCUGAUACAGUAUGUGAGGACAGUCCAUAUGGGUUUUAUUAACCAUCAGGUCUGAAAUGCUUCAGGUGGACAGUCCUCUCAAAGACAUAAGCCCUGCAAAUACAACAUACCAGACACCGAAUGGGGAACGAUAGAGAAACUAGCAGACAAAAAACAAAACAAAAAGACAGGAUAAAGGAGAAGAAAGAAAAGGAACUGUAACACGUGUGUGAUAGAAAGUUAAAUCUUUUCUGUGUGUUUUGACUUUUAUGUGGUAAUUUUUUUAGUGUAAUUAACCAUAUAGUUGCAUUUACUAACAUUUACAAAAUUUUGUGUACUCCUUUUAUUUUAUAUUUGCAUUCAUAUUAUCAUUCAAUUUUUUUUAUAAUUCAAUACUGUUUAAUUUUAUGUCCCUGCUGUAUUGUCUUUAAUAGAUAUGGGCUCCAGCUCAAAGUUUUUGAAUUUUGUAUUGCAUUCUCAAUACUCAGUCUGAAUUUAAAACAGAUUUAGCAGAUGUUGAUUCAUAUAACACCUGCUAAAUCUGUUUUAAAUUCAGACUGAGUAUUGAGAAUGCAUUUAAGAUUAUUCAAUAAAGUUUGCUCACUUUAUUCAA